AUGGCGACCGCCGCUGCCCCCGACUCUUCGCUCCUCUCUCUCCUCUACCGCUCGUACCCUAACGUUAUCUCCCCCGAUGCCACCGAGCCCGAUUACCUCCACGCCACUCCCAAGAUCUUCUCCCAGACCUCUUACGGCGAGGCCGAGGAGGCCGAUGUCAAGCAAUGGCUCAACACUGUCUCCGGCUUGAAGACUGCUCUCGCCAAGGAUGAGAAGCCUGUACUGGAGAGCAUUCUGGCUCAGCUGAAUACCCACCUUGCCACCCGCACUACCCUGCUCGGCGCGAAGCCCUCGGUCGCCGAUGUUGCCAUCUACGCUCUGGUUGCCCCGCUGGUCGAGAAGUGGUCGCCUGAGGAGCGCACUGGUGAGAAGGGAUACCACCACAUCGUUCGUCACAUCGACUUCAUCCAGAACUCCAAGGUUUUCUCUCUGCAGAUCCCCGAGGAGGAGAAGGUUGUCAUUGACGUGAACGACGUUCGUUUCGUUCCCCAGCCCAUCGACCCCAAGGAGGAGAAGGAGCGCAAGAAGCGCGAGAAGGCCAAUGCCCAGAACCCCGAGGCUGCUGCUGAGAAGCCUCUUGUUGUUGGCCAGGGCAAGCCCGGCAAGGAUCAGAGCAAGGCCGCUGAGGCUGCCUCCGCCGGUCCCCCCCAAGACCAACAAGAAGGAAAAGAAGGAGAAGGCUCCCAAGGCUCCCAAGCCUGCUGCUGCUCCUGCUGCCCCCCCCCUCGCCCUCAAUUAUCGACCUGCGUGUCGGCCACAUCCUGCGCGCUAUCAACCACCCCAAUGCCGACUCCCUCUUCGUCUCCACCAUCGACUGCGGUGACGCCCCCCGGCUCCGACAACACCUCUCUGGAUGAGGAGACCGGCAAGACUGUCCGUACUGUCUGCUCCGGUCUUAACGGCCUGGUCCCCCUGGAGGAGAUGCAGGGCCGCAAGAUUGUUGCUGUCUGCAACCUGAAGCCCGUGACCAUGCGUGGCAUCAAGUCCGCAGCCAUGGUUCUGGCUGCCUCUCCCCGUGUCCCCGAGGGCGGUGAUGCCCACGCCGGUCCCGUUGAGCUUGUUAGCCCCCCUGCUGACGCCCCCGCCGGUGAGCGUAUCACCUUCCAGGGCUGGUCCGAGGGUGAGCCCGAGAAGCAGCUCAACCCCAAGAAGAAGGUCUGGGAGACCUUCCAGCCCGGAUUCACCACUAACGGUGACCUUGAAGUCUGCUUCGACAGCAGCGCUGUCCCCGCUGUCGCCGGCCAGGACAAGCCUGCCAUUGGAAAGCUGGCAACUGCCUCUGGUGUCAUCUGUACCGUCAAGUCCCUGAAGGACGCUACCGUGCGGUAA